AUGGCGAGUGAUUACUACCCGUACUCCAAGCCUCUGGAGUACCCUGUGGGUCCAAAGCGUAACCCCCUUCCUUUCCUCCGUAACCCCGACAUCCUGGUUGGGGAGAAUGACCUCACUGCUCUCAGUUACCUGCAUGAACCUGCUGUCCUGCACAACCUCAGAGUCCGCUUCCUUGAGUCCAACCACAUCUACACGUACUGCGGGAUUGUGCUGGUGGCCAUCAACCCGUAUGAGCAGAUGCAGAUCUACGGAGAGGAGGUGAUCACGGCCUACAGCGGUCGGAACAUGGGCGACAUGGACCCUCACAUCUUCGCCGUGGCUGAGGAGGCCUACAAGCAAAUGGCCAGAGAUGAGAGGAAUCAGUCGAUCAUUGUGAGCGGAGAAUCCGGAGCAGGAAAGACGGUCUCUGCGAAGUAUGCCAUGCGUUUCUUUGCCACAGUUGGUGGCUCGGCCAAUGACACGAACGUGGAGGAGAAGGUUCUCGCCUCCAGCCCCAUCAUGGAGGCGAUCGGAAAUGCAAAGACCACUCGGAACGACAACAGCAGUCGCUUCGGGAAGUACAUCCAGAUCGGGUUCAGCCGGCGUUAUCACAUAAUCGGUGCCAACAUGAGAACAUACCUGCUGGAGAAGUCACGGGUCGUUUUUCAGGCUGAGGAUGAGAGGAAUUAUCACAUAUUCUACCAGCUGUGUGCCUCCGCCAGUUUACCUGAGUUCAAAGACCUCCGCCUCACCAGCGCAGAGGACUUCACCUUCACGUCUUUAGGUGAGAACAUCUUCAUUGAGGGAGUGAACGACGCAGAAGACUUUCAAAAGACCCGAGAGGCCUUCACACUGCUGGGGAUAAAGGACAGCAGUCAGAGCAGCAUCUUUAAAGUCGUCGCGUCCAUCCUUCAUCUGGGAAACAUUGAGAUCUGCUCGGAGCGAGAUGGAGAGUCAUGUCACAUCUCAAGGGACGACCUCCACCUGAAGCACUUCUGCCAGCUGCUGGGCGUGGAGCUGCAGCAGAUGGAGCACUGGCUCUGUCACAGGAAGUUGGUCACUGCGUCUGAGACGUACGUGAAGAACAUGUCCAGCAAACAGGCCAUCAACGCCCGCGACGCGCUCGCUAAACACAUCUACGCACGCAUGUUCGACUGGAUCGUGGAGCACAUCAACAUGGCCCUGCAGACCUCCUCCAAACAGCACUCCUUCAUCGGAGUCCUGGACAUUUACGGGUUCGAGACCUUCGAGGUGAACAGCUUCGAGCAGUUCUGCAUCAACUACGCCAACGAGAAGCUUCAGCAGCAGUUCAACUCUCAUGUGUUUAAGUUGGAGCAGGAGGAGUACAUGAAGGAGCAGAUCCCCUGGACUCUGAUCGACUUCUAUGACAACCAGCCCUGCAUCGACCUGAUCGAGGCUCGACUCGGCAUCCUGGACCUGCUGGAUGAAGAGUGUAAAGUGCCAAAGGGGACGGAUCAGAACUGGGCCCAGAAGCUCUACAAACAGCACUCCAGCAGCGCUCACUUCCAGAAACCUCGUAUGUCCAACACCUCCUUCAUCAUCAUACACUUCGCCGAUAAGGUCGAAUAUCAGUGUGAAGGCUUCCUGGAGAAGAACAGAGACACCGUGUACGAGGAGCAGAUCAAUAUCCUGAAGGCCAGCCAGUUUCAGCUGGUUGCAGAUCUGUUUCAUGACAAAGACGACGUCGCCUCCUCAAAGUCGUCCAGAGUGAAUGUCCGAGCCGCCAAAUCGACUCCCAAAGGCCCGAACAAAGAGCACCGCAAGACCGUGGGACACCAGUUCCGCUCCUCUCUUCAUCUUCUCAUGGAGACUCUGAACGCGACGACUCCUCACUACGUUCGCUGCAUCAAACCAAACGAUAACAAGGAGGCCUUCUCGUUCGAUUCGAGGCGAGCGGUGCAGCAGCUCAGAGCCUGCGGAGUCCUGGAGACCAUCCGGAUCAGCGCCGCUGGGUAUCCAUCCAGGUGGACGUACCCAGAUUUCUUCAGCAGGUAUCGAGUGCUGCUGAAGAAGUCUGACAUGACGUCAACAGACAAGAAACUGGUCUGUAGAAACCUGCUGGAGACUCUAAUCAAGGAGCCGGACAUGUACCAGUUCGGUAAGACAAAGAUCUUCUUCCGGGCCGGACAGGUGGCGUACCUGGAGAAGCUCCGGGCCGAUAAGUUCCGCUCAGCCUGUAUCAUGAUCCAGAAGACGGUUCGAGGUUGGCUGCAGAGAGUCCGAUACCGAAAGAUCCGCAAGUCUGCCAUCACUCUGCAGAGAUACGGCCGCGGGUACCUGGCCCGCAGAUACGCCGACUUCCUGCGCCUGACUCGAGCGGCGCUCGUCUGUCAGAAACAGUUCCGCAUGGUGAGAGAUCGACAGGCGUACCUGAGAGUGAGACAGGCUGUGGUCACCAUCCAGGCCUUCACCAGAGGGAUGUUCACCCGCAGGAUCUACCAGGAGUUCGUCCUCCACCACAAAGCGAUGGUCAUCCAGAGGAGCGUCCGUGGUUGGCUGCAGAGGAGGAAGUUCCGGCGAGCUCGUGCGGCGGCCGUCAUCAUUCAGUGUGCGUGGAGGAGGCGGCGAGCCAAGCGUCAGCUGCAGCAGCUGAAGAUCGAAGCUCGCUCUGCAGAACACCUGAAGAAACUCAACACGGGCAUGGAGAACAAGAUCGUCCAGCUGCAGAGGAAGAUGGACGACCAGUCGAAGGAGUACCGGGCUCAGAACGAGCAGCUCCUGGUGGUAAACACCUCGCUGGGCUCGGAGGUGAACAAGCUGCAGAAGCAGCUGGAGCAGAUCCAGAGUCAACGUGGAGGAGAAGGAGGUCAGCUGACAUCUCUGCAGGAGGAGCUGGAGAGGCUGAGGGAGGAGCUGAAGGAGGCGUCAGCCCUGAGGAAGAAGAUGGAGGAGGAGCACGGCACCGAGAAACUGGAUCUGCAACAGAGGGUGGAGGAGUUGGAGGAGGAGAACUCUCUGCUGAAGAGCGAGAAGGAGGAGCUGAACCGGAGGAUCGUUCAGAACUCAAAGAGCUUUGACGAAGACGGCAGCAGUGUGUCCCUGCAGAAAGACCUGGACCAGGAGCGGCAGCGGUACCAGAACCUCCUCAAAGAGUUCUCCAGACUGGAGCAGAGAUACGACAACCUGAAGGAGGAGCUGACUCUGACCAAGUUCCAGCCCGGCCACAGGAGAAACCCGUCCAAUCAGAGCAGCCUGGAGUCGGACUCCAACUACCCGUCCAUCUCCACCUCGGAGGUCGGAGACACCGAGGACUCCGUUCAGCUGGUGGAGGAGCUGGGCGUGGAGAAGGCGGCGAUGGACAUCAGUCUGUUCAUGAAGCUGCAGAAGAGAGUCCGAGAGCUGGAGCAGGAGAGGAAGAGGCUGCAGGCCAGCGUGGACAAGAUGGAGGAGCUCACCAAGAGCAAGGGUUCUGAGUCGAGGAGUCCGCCCUCCGAGCAGGAGACUGCAGAUCUGGCCUACAACAACCUGAAGAGACAGGAACUGGAAACUGAGAACAAGAAACUGAAGGAUGACCUGAACACGCUGAGGAAGUCCAUCUCUGAGCGUGCGUCUCAGAACAGUUCGUCAAAUGAACUGCAGGAUAGCUACAACCUGCUGCUGAGUCAGCUCAAAUCAGCCAAUGAGGAGCUGGAUGCCCGCAAGGAGGAAGUCCUGAUCUUGAAGAGUCAGAUCGUCAGCAACGCUCAGCUGCAGGAGAAGAACGAUCUCAUCACGGAGAGAAACGAAGUUCUUGAACUGAACAACAGCAAAGAGCCGCUGGACAAAGACGAGGCUCUCAAAGCUUGUCAUGGACUGACGGAGGCCAAGAAGCUCCUGGAGGCUCAGCUGCAGACCCAGUCCAGGCAGCACAAAGACGAGCUGGAGGCUCUUCACACUCAGAUCGAGCUGCUGAGAGACGACAUCGAGAAGAAGCAGGAGAUCCUCAACUACACCUCGUCCCUGUCCCCGGAGGCCCGGGUGGAGUUCAGCAUCCAGCAGGAGAUCACACGGCUCACCAACGACAACCUGGACCUCAAGGAGUUGGUGGAGAAACUGGAGAAGAACGAGAGGAAGCUGAAGAAGCAGCUGAGGAUCUACAUGAAGAAAGUCCAGGAGCUGGAAGCUUCUCAGGCCGCCGCCCAGACCAGCAAGUCCAGACCAGAACUGAGUCGUCAGGUGACGGUCCAGAGGAAGGAGAAGGAUUUCGAAGGGAUGCUGGAGUACUACAAGGAGGAUGAAGGCCUGCUGCUCAAAACUCUGAUCACAGACAUCAGGCCCAACACCGUGUCGGCCACCGUUCCAUGUCUGCCAGCUUAUGUCCUUUUCAUGUGUAUCCGCCACGCUGACUACAUCAACGAUGACCAGAAGGUGGAGUCUCUGCUCACCUCCACCAUCAACUCCAUCAAGAAGGUCCUGAAGAAGAACAACGAAGACUUUGAGAUGACGUCCUUCUGGUUGGCCAACACCAGCCGUCUUCUCCACUGUCUGAAGCAGUACAGCGGUGACGAGGUGUUCAUGACGCAGAACACGGCAAAACAGAACGAACACUGUCUGAAGAACUUUGACCUAGCAGAGUACCGACAGGUGCUGAGCGACCUCUCCAUCCAGAUCUACCAGCAGCUCAUUAAGGUGGCCGAGGGCAUCAUCCAGCCCAUGAUCGUGUCGGCCAUGUUGGAGAGUGAGAGCAUCCCCAGCCUGGCAGGCGUGAAGCCGAUGGGCUACAGGAACCGUUCCUCCAGCAUGGACACUGACGCCGGCGGGCCCAGCAGCUACACUCUGGAGGCGCUGAUCCGCCAGCUGGGACAGUUUCAUGCCACCAUGCGGGACCAUGGUUUGGACCCCGAGAUCGUGGGUCAGGUGGUGCGACAGCUCUUCCACUGCAUCAACGCCGUCUCACUGAACAACCUGCUGCUGCGCAAAGACGUGUGCUCGUGGAGCACUGGCAUGCAGCUCAGGUACAACACCAGUCAGAUGGAGGAGUGGCUGAGAGCGAACAACCUGUAUCAGAGUAAAGCUGCAGCCACGCUGGAGCCCAUCAUCCAGGCCGCUCAGCUGCUGCAGGUGAAGAAGAAGACGACGCAGGACGCCGAGGCCAUCUGCUCGCUGUGCAGCGGCCUCACCACGCAGCAGAUCGUGAAGAUCCUGAACCUCUACACGCCGCUCAACGAGUUCGAAGAGAGGGUCACCGUGUCGUUCAUCAGGAACAUUCAGAAUCGUCUCCAGGACAGAAACGAUCCUCCUCAGCUCCUCGUGGACACCAAGCAGACGUUCCCGGUCCUCUUCCCGUACACGCCGUCCGCUCUCAGCCUGGAGACGCUGCACAUUCCCGCCUCGCUCGGCCUCGACUUCCUCAUCCGGGUCUGAAAGCUCCGCGGCCGACCACUGACCCGCCGACACAUCGAGCUGAACGCCGGAGAGACGGACGGGCUGCUACCACAGUGUGUUUGUGUCCUCGUGCAGGCCGCUGUAACACUUCCUGUCCUCCAACACAGAGAGGAUCAGGUCCAGGACAGGAAGUGAGCAGGUAGUCAACAGGAAGUGAGCAGGUAGUCAACAGGAAGUGAGCAGGUAGUCAACAGGAAGUGUUGGGCGGGUCAAUGGUCAGCGAGGACACAUAAAAACACAAAUUUCAGAUUUACUUCCUGUUUGUUUGUCACUGCAUCGACCUCUUUUGAUGACAUCAUCUUCUUCUGGUGUUCUCAUUGGAGAAUCGGCGCCACCUGAUGUUCACAGACAGAUGAGCGCUUGUCCCACAAUGCAGUGCAAGAACGACGGCUGACUCUUCAGUGACGAUGCAACACGAUGGCGAUGAUGAUGUCAGAGACGUCAGUUUAGUGUCUGUAAGGACGUAGCAUUAGCAGCGUAGCUGAAGUAAAUGAUAGUCAUGUGACCUGGACCAGUCAUCUGUCCCCGUCUGUCCUCAUCUGUCCCCGUCUGUCCUCAUCUCUACCUGUCUGUCCUCGUCUGUCCCCAUCUGUCCUCAUCUCUACCCGUCUGUCCUCGUCUGUCCCCGUCUGUCCUCAUCUCUACCCGUCUGUCCUCGUCUGUCCUCAUCUCUACCCGUCUGUC